UUUAUUCUUGAUCGUCGUAUACAAUAUAACAGAAAAAAACUAAUAGAAUUAGAAUUAAAUAAAUUAAAUCGAAAAAUGUUUAUAUCUCUAGUGCUAAUAACAAUAGUUUUGGGACUCUUGUCAUAUAUAAUAUGGUGGUAUCAUAAACGUUUAGCCUAUUGGGCGGAACAAGGUAUACCCCAUGAGAAACCCCACUGGUUGUUGGGUAAUUUUAAAGGCCUCAUGGAUACUAUUAACUUCCACGAAAUGCUAUUUUAUUUCUAUAACAAAUUUAAGGGCAAGGGACCAUUUGCUGGUUUUUAUUUUGCCUCCAAACCUACGGUCUUUCUAAUGGAUCCUAAACUUAUACAACAGGUGUUGAUUAAAGAUUUUUCAAAUUUUACCGAUCGUGGCUUUUAUUACAAUGAAGAAGAUGAUCCUCUAACAGGUCAAUUAUUCUUAUUGGACGGUCAGCAAUGGAAAAAUAUGAGAAAUAAAUUAUCGCCCACUUUUACAUCGGGAAAAAUGAAACAUAUGUUUCCCAUUAUCAUUGAUAUAGGAGAGGAAUUUAUUAAUGUAAUGGCUGAGGAGAUAAAGGAACAUGAUAACAUUAUAGAAAUCAAAGAUUUAACUAGCCGCUUUACCACCGAUGUUAUAGGCACUUGUGCCUUUGGUAUCGACUGCAAUAGUCUUAAAGAACCCUUUACCGAAUUUCGUGUAAUGGGCAAACGGGCUAUUAAAGAACAAAGACAUGGCUUGCUGAUAAAUGGUAUAAUGCAAAACUUUCCCGAAUUGGCUCGUCUUAUACAUUAUAAACAAAUACCCGAUGAUAUAGAAAAAUUCUAUAUUGAUUUGGUUAAACAGACGGUGGAGUAUCGUGAAAAGAAUAAUGUGCGUCGUAAUGAUUUAAUGGAUACUUUAAUAGAUUUGAAAAAUAAAAAACUUAUCGCAGCAGAACAUGGUGAAGAGUUAACAAAUCUAACUUUAAAUCAAAUAGCAGCCCAGGCUUUUGUAUUCUUUAAUGCAGGCUUUGAGACCUCUUCGACCACCAUGUCAUUUGCUUUAUAUGAAUUGGCUAGACAUAGGGAAAUACAAGACAAGGUACGCUUGGAAAUCGAUGAGGUAUUGGAGAAAUAUCAACAGAAAUUUACCUAUGAGAGUAUGAAGGAAAUGAAAUAUUUAAAUCAAAUUAUAGAGGAAACCUUGAGGUUAUACACCAUUGUACCUAUGAUCAAUCGCACGGCCUUAAGUGACUACGUUGUGCCGGGUUAUCCCAAUUAUAUUAUAAAGAAAGGCAUGAAUAUUUCCAUACCCGCUUGUGCUAUACAUCGGGAUCCCGAUUAUUAUGCCCAACCUGAGGUUUUCUAUCCUGAACACUUUGCCGAAGAUGUAGUGGCCCAGCGUGAACCUUGCGUUUGGUUGCCCUUCGGUGAGGGUCCACGCAAUUGUAUUGGCAUGCGUUUCGGUAAAAUGCAAACUAUUAUUGGUCUCGUAAUGCUUUUAAGAAAUUUCAAAUUUUCGGUUUGUGAGCAAACAAAAAUACCUCUGACUUUUGAUAAGAAAAGUUUUAUGUUGGCCACGGACCAUGGUAUUUAUUUGAAAGUUGAGGCGAUUUAAAAAUACAUAUAUAAAUAAAAUUUAAUGUGAUCAUAUAUAUAAAUAUCAACAAUGUGGUUUCUGAAGAAACGCAUUUUAAGUUUCAAAUAUAGUUAUGAACUUCUUUGUACUUUAAUCUAUAAUUAUAAUUAACAUGUUUAAUUAAUAUUACUAUUUUCUACCAGUUUAAUUAUAAUUCUAAUUUACAUUUACCUUAUUAUGGGUUAAUUAGUACCAAUUAAUAAGAUUUAUUUAAAUAAAGUAACGUUUUAUUUAUAUUUACUAAAGUUUUG